AUGGCUUCCUUCGGCAAUCCCACACAGAUCUUUGCGGACGACGUGAUCGAGGAGAAGGGCGAGAAUGCCCGUCUGUCGGCUUUUGUCGGCGCCAUCGCUGUUGGUGACCUCGUGAAGAGUACCCUGGGUCCCAAGGGCAUGGACAAGAUUCUGCAGUCUGCAUCGACCGGCGACAUCCUCGUGACGAACGACGGUGCUACCAUCUUGAAAUCUAUUGCUCUGGAUAACGCCGCGGCGAAGGUGCUGGUCAACAUUUCGAAGGUUCAGGACGACGAGGUCGGCGAUGGCACAACAUCCGUCACCGUUCUUGCCGCAGAGCUCCUGCGGGAGGCUGAGAAGCUGGUGAACUCCAAGAUUCAUCCUCAGACCAUCAUUGAGGGCUACCGGAUAGCCAGCAAGGCUGCCCUGGCCGCUCUGGAGACCGUGGCCGUCGACCGCAGCAAGGACCCCGAGGCUUUCCGUAAGGACCUGCACUCUAUCGCCCGUACCACCCUGAGCUCCAAGGUGCUCGCUCAAGACCGCGAUCACUUCGCUCGUCUCGCAUGCGAGGCCGUCCUGCGUCUCAAGGGCUCGACCGAUCUCAGCCACAUCCAGAUUAUCAAGAAGGCGGGUGGUAAGCUGAACGACUCAUACCUGGACGAGGGUUUCAUUAUGGACAAGAAGAUUGGUGUCAACCAGCCCAAGCGGUUGGAGAACGCUAAGAUCCUGGUGGCUAACACCGCCAUGGACACGGAUAAGGUGAAGAUCUUCGGUGCUCGCGUCAAGGUCGAGUCGACCGGCAAGCUGGCCGACCUGGAGAAGGCUGAGCGCGAGAAGAUGCGCGCAAAGGUGGAGCAGAUCAAGUCCCAUGGCAUCAACUGUUUCGUCAACCGUCAAUUGAUCUAUAACUGGCCCGAGCAGCUGUUCACCGAGGCUGGCAUCAUGUCCAUCGAGCACGCCGACUUCGACGGUAUUGAGCGUCUGGCUCUGGUGACCGGUGGUGAGAUUGCUUCGACUUUCGAGCAUCCCGACCAGGUGAAGCUGGGUGGCUGUGACCUUAUUGAGGAAGUCAUCAUCGGCGAGGAUACUCUCAUCAAGUUCUCCGGCGUGGCUGCGGGCCAGGCCUGUACCAUUGUGCUGCGCGGUGCCACCGAGCAGCUGCUGGAUGAGGCUGAGCGCUCGCUCCACGACGCCCUCGCCGUCCUGUCGCAGACCGUGAAGGACCCGCGGGUUACCCUGGGCGGUGGCUGCGCCGAGAUGGUGAUGGCCAAGGCUGUGGAGCAGGCCGCUCAAAACACCACUGGCAAGAAGCAACUGGCGGUGGACUCGUUCGCGCACGCCCUGAAGCAGCUGCCGACCAUUCUGGCUGACAAUGCAGGACUGGACUCGAGCGACCUGGUGACCCGUCUGCGUCAGGCGAUCAACAAUGGCAUGACCAGCUCUGGAUUGGACUUGUUGACGCCAGGCGGCGGCAUUGCUGACAUGCGCGAUCUGGGCGUUGUGGAGGCAUAUAAGCUGAAGAAGGCGGUUGUUUCGUCGGCCUCCGAGGCUGCGGAGCUUUUGCUCCGUGUGGACAACAUUAUCCGGGCGGCUCCUCGUCGUCGGGAUCGUAUGUGA